AUGGAAUACCUUUUGUUUUAUCAGGUUCGAGUUCUUGGUAAUUUACAACGAUACUCAAUUCAAUGUGUACUGUCACUGAACAUGUUCAACGAGAAGAUCUUUCUUUUUCUCUACUUUUGGUUCAUUUUGGUUGGAAUACUGACCACGAUCGACGCCAUCCAACUUGCCUAUGUCACUCGAUUCAACUCCAAGAAAUUACAGUUUGUUCGAAAAUUCAUCAAAUCGGCAGCUGACGAAGAAGAAAUUAUGGAUGAUUUUUGUAUAUAUCAAGUUAAUCCCGACAUGAUCGUGAUAUUGAACAUGAUUGGAGCCCAUGCUAAUGACGUCAUCUCUUGUGAAGUCCUUCAACAAAUGUGGAAAAAUUACAAGUGA